AUGGCAGAGAAUAAAACAGACCAAACCCCAGAACUCACGAGCUCAAUUCACGGCGAGAAGUCAGAUUCUGGCGAAAAUCCGACGAUUUCCACCACCACCACCACAUCUAGCGAAUACAAGCUGAGAAACAAAGACCCUGAAACGGAUCCCCAGCCGAAGAGAAGAAAGAACUGCCCAAGUGCACUGGACAAGUUCGAAGCAAUCAAGUCUUCAUCAAAUUCAAGCUUUUCAUUCACUUUCGACACUAAAGUUGGUGGAGCUCCUGAAUUCACACCCAAAUUUGGAUCAUUUAACUUGGUGGCAGCCUCGCCAGACAACGAUCGGUGUUGCCAGAUUCCGGCGAUCAAAGCAAAAGCCGUAGAAUUGGAAGAAGCAGAGGUAAUUGUGGAGAGAGAAGUUGUGGAAGUGCUGAGUGGGGUUGAUGGGAUCAAGAGUGUUGAGUAA